AUGGAUCACUUGCUGUCCUACUUGCCGCCAUUUGAUGGCUUUUUACCCAAGUGGCUUCUUUUCGUCUCCGUGGUUUCCGCUGUCAACAGUCUCCAGGCCUACUGCUCCUCCGAAUAUACCUCGAAGCUCUACACCAAUGGCGCCGUCCCAGUGGAGCCAUUGUCCGGUCGCGUUUUUGGCACUUGGACUUUCCUCUCUGCGGUAGUACGUAUGACAGCCGCCUACAACAUCAACAAUGCUGUCGCCUACGAUCUUGCCCUGUGGACAUACGGCAUUGCUUUAACACACUUUGUUGGAGAGCUCGUGUUUGGCAAUGCCUCUCUGCGUGGGAGAUUUUUGAGCCCGUUGAUCGUGGCUUCAUCUUCCCUGGCUUGGAUGUUGACCCAACGGGAGGCUUAUCUGAGUGUCUAA